GCAAUGGGAUUUCCCGGCAGUUUAGCACAGAAGUCCACUUGCUGCUCACUAAACGUGAAAUUGAUGCUUAACAGGCCGGAACCCUGGCCAGUAAAUUUGAAUGUCAUUUCCACUUUUGCAUAUGACCGAUAUAAUUAGUUUUUCCAUAAUGCGGCGCGCGUGGAAACAGUUGGGAUAAUGAAAGGCGCGUCGGCCUUCAACCCCGACAUAUAUGAUGGAGGCCAUAAAUAGUCUUCAUGCAACAUUAAAUUAAACUUUGCUAACGCUGGAUUGCUCACUCAUCCUCACCAGCUUGUUCUGGCCUUCAAUCUUGCAAAAAAAAUUUUUCCCAGGAGUUCAGGAAAUAGAUCUAACUGAGAUUCUGAAGCCUCCUGUACUUAAAAUAUUUACGCUUAAAGCUGGCAGGGGAGCCCUUACAUGCAUGUAGCCCAGAUGUACUAGGGGAAGGCCCCUCCAUCUACUGGAGAGAAAUGUUGCAGCAACUUAUUUUUGUCAGACACUGAAAUACUGAGAAAUGAAAUGUCUCAGAAGAUUAUUCUUACAACGGCUGGAUAAUUGUUAAAAUUCUGUAACUAAUACUGGUUGCUAUGACAGCCUAACAUGCUGACAUGCUUUUUAAAAACAAACAAACAACCCCCCCAACAAAGCUUAAAAAUACACAUUUGGACUCUGUAAAGAAGACCGACAUGGACAUGUAUACGAACCGCAGAGGGAAAGUGGUCCUUCUGGAAGAAGAUCACUGGACGUCAGUAACUCCAAAUCAGUUCCUCGGCGCAUUUGCGCCAUUUCCGCGUUUCGCCUGGAUUCAUCCAAACGCACCGAGGGACAGCUAUGAUGUGGUGUGCGAAAUCGUCUGGAGCAAAGCUACCCAGGUGAAACCUGGAAGAGGUCAAAGUUCACUGGAAAUCCAAGGGAGUAAAGACGACACUCCCUCAGUCAACAAGUCAAGUCACAGGGCUGAGAAGCAGCAGGAAGACACAGAUGAUUACACGCACUAUGAGGAGGACAAGAAGCAAUACCACACUGACUUCACCCUUCCUUGCCCUUAUCUCUUGGGCCGCAGACAUCACGGCCUAUCCAAGCCCGCAAGGGUGCUGAGCCCUGUGCUGGAAGUGGAGAUGAGGCAAAUUAAGGAAGAGGCGGGUGGAAACAGAAACUCGUAUUUUCCAUUGUUUUUGAAUUCGCAGUCCUGUCGGGAGAGGGAUGUGCAAGACAAACAAAGGAGUGUUGAAAACUCUCUUCAGAAGAUGCAGGUCUCUCAAUCCAGCAGAGCAGGCACACAGAGCUCUGUACCUGCACCUCAACAUCUGGUGACAAAUCCUGUCUGCUUUGAAGGCCACACCCAACACCUGCCAGACAGAGAAGAUUCUCUACACCCUUUUAAACUACCCGGGGAUGAAUGUGGAAGCGAGAAAGAGCAGAAUGCAAGUAGGGGCUCAGAAAGCUACUCUAGUGAUGAUAGUGAUGCUGUUAGUCUACCUGGGGUGCGAAGUUGUGCCAAUGACAACAGCAAUAAUGACUCAGUGGUUAGUGCAAAAGAGGUGAAGAAAAAGGAAAUUCCAAGCUCGUCUGUUGAGCUGAGCUGCGACAAUGAGCAGGAUUCCUUUUUUACAGCUGAUGAAGACUUUCCUGCUCUCACCACCAUCAACGCUGGCAUCCCGCUAUCUCUCACAGGGCCGCCAGCCUUGGGGAAGAUAAAAGGCCAGUGGGAGAUUCCCCUUUCAUUCCACCCACAUGACAUACCCACUGUCACUUUGGCAAGUGGCGUGAAUGACCCUGUGCAGGCUUCCAUCCAAGGCAAACCAGAAGCACCUGAGGCAAACUCAAAAACCAAAGCACCACCAGCAGUCCCAGUGCAGAACGAGGCUUAUGACCUCUUGGCCGACUUCCCAGCCCUCCAGCCCCCAAAGAACCCUUUAGCGCUUGGUGAAUUGCGUCACAGGAAUCCCAAGACCAACGUUUCAAAGGGGAAAGGAGUUCUCACUCCUGCUCCAAGCCACUGCCAAAGCUCUAGGGGUUCCCAUGAGAGGAGAUUGGAAAAUUCGCCCCACGAGGUCUCCUCCAUCUGUGCAGGAGAUCAGAAAUCUGCUCUGGACCUUCAAACAUUUGGCACGGUCAGCCAUCGCAACUCUUCCACCAUCAGCUGUGAGCAACGGAAGGCCAACAAGCAGCCGCCGCCUAGAGUUGCAGGUGCAGAUGGCGUGGGUGUCAGUGCCAGGUCCUGGGCUAACGCUGCCAAGGCAGGCAUGAAGCAAGCAGCUGCCCCUCAGGAGAAAGCCAGACCUUGUACCUUUCAGCAGAUAGUUACCAUUAACAAAGCCAAAGCUGAAUAUGGUGUCACUCAAAAAAUCAACAAGAAAGCAACAGUUUUCCACCCAGGAUCAAAUCAGAAGGCGAUAACCUUGAAACAGUGCUGAUUUCACCCCUGCAACCAAAUCCACUUAGUUUGCAACCCUCCUGGCUAUCAGCAUUUUGGAGCCCAGCCGCAUCAAGCCAACUAUCCUCCAGGAUUCAGCUGUCCCCGUUUUCCUUUCCAACAGGCCACGGGCGUCCCUUCUGAAAGUGGCCGUGUGAGAUGGCAGCCGUGGUGACACAGUUUUUGUUUUCUUUUGUUUGUUUGUCUUCACCCAUGACAGUUCUGGUCUGUAUAAAAAUGCACUAACCUCAGUUGUUUUUCCUUUAUUAUAAUCCCAAUAAAUAUUUGCAUCACAGUAGCACUUGGGUAUGGGUAAUAUACUCUUCUAUUCUAAAACACUGUACCGUAGUGAAAUUUAUUAAGUGAGGCAGAGGCAAAGGACACACAACAGUCAUUGCUUUAGUUCAUUAGUGAGCAUCUGGAUGCUGUGCACGCACAAGUUAGGCUCUAAAUACAAAAUGCAAACUGUAUGCACUUUCCAAAUGAAUUGAGUGAUGCGUAGUAAUAACAAAAUCUCAUUGUGCCGGGGUGAUAGUGAAAUGACGAUUAUUCAACAGUGCAGUGUCAUUUUCGCCAGCGGACCUUCUCAUACAUAAUGCAUCCAAAUCUUUGCAUUUUUCCUUCUUUCUGAGCUACAAUGCAUAUUUCAUCAAGUCAGUGAAAUAUUAAGCACUCUUAUGAUUUGAUAUUCUCUUCCAAGAGGGAUUUCAGUUUAUAUAUUAUCUUCACAUCUCUUGCGUCUCCUCCGGGACUAAACUUCAGGGGAUGUCUUUAUUUGCCAUGUUUGUUUACUUGGGAAGAUGUUUGAUUGGCUAAUGCUGAAGUAAUGAUCAAUGAGACAGCCAAUCAAUUUCAGAGAUUAUCAAGGCUCAGAGGCCAUUGAUCCAUGAGAGGAGUCGGCUCUGAACGGCAGGUUGGGCCUAUUCCAACUCAUUUGAUUGAAAUUAGAGAAGUUCAAACUGUGCAGCCACUCUCCCUCCCUCAGCCCUCAAAUUUUAUAUGUCAGCUGUUAUUUAGGUGAAAGAGACUGAUGUGUGAAAUGUGAAAAGGAAAGAUUUAUAGGGUGGUAAUAAGCUUCUUACUCCCCACUAGCCUAUGUUAAAAUAAAAAGAGGUGGUAGCUGUUUAUCAACAGCUAGCAUAAUUGCAUCAAAGGUUGUUUCACUUUAAACUACUUCUGAAACCUAUUUUUUUUCUAAAUUGUCACUGAAGUGCUGCACUUUUCACCGUGUGUGGUGUCAGAAAGUCUUUUUGAACUAAUGAAAAAUUAUCACUUUUUUCACUAGCAUGUCAAAAGUGAUUCUUUGCUGAAUAAGAGAGACUGGUAAUUCAGUCAAUGUGUAAACCUGACUGCUUGUGUUGUUGUUGUGUGCUUGCAAUAAAUUCUCACCAAAACCAACAGAAACUGUUUUAUCCGUUAUUCA